CCCUACUUUCCCUUCCCACCGCGCACCCCCAAUUUCCUUCCCGUAUUUCCGAGCUUUCCUCCCCAAUUUCUGACCUUCCCUCCCAGCAAAUCUACAAAAUUUUUAAUUGAUUUUGCUAAAACUCAAAACCCAUUCGAACCUAGUUGCAAAAUUCGUUUCCUCCACUUUAAUCCAUCAACGACAGAGUAUUGCUCUUGCUCGCAGUCGACCGCAGGUCGGCUUGCUCUCUCCUGUUCGUCAUCUAUGAAGUUCACAAGAUCAAGCUGCUAACAGCAGGUGGAAAGAAAUUGAAGCUCACAAUUUGGGAAAUAGGUGCGUAGAGAUGGAGUUGGUGCUUGGUGGGGACUCUACGAGGACUUGCAACCCUUGUGUGGAUGAGGUGGAGUGGUGGAGCAUGGAGCUGCUGCUCCAUUGGCUACUGCGGUAGUUUGAGAAUUGUUUGCCUCUACCGGUUUGACUUUGAAAUACACCUUCAGCUACCAGUUGAUGAAAACCAAACAGUUGUCAGGGGUGGAUUUUAAGAUCAAGUUGCUAACAGUAGGUGGGAAGAAAUUGAAGCUCACAAUUUGGGAUACAGGUGGGUAGAGAUGAAGUUUGUGCUUGCUUAUGAUCUUUUAUGCUUUUCAUUCCAAAUUUGUCAUUUUAUAGUUCCAAUUUGUCUCAGUAGCCUAUUACUUCAUGUGUGGUCCUUGGUGCAAAACUUUUGAAAGACGCAAGAGGGGGAAAUACGUCCAAUAUGAAAAGUUGAACUGUUUUAUUGGAGUCAAUCAUCCGUUUACUUCAGAUUUUUCAAAUUGUGAAAGGAGCAUGCUUCUCCGACCUGUUUUUACCUUUGGCCUUUUCGGUAAUAGUCUUGGUUCCAAAAUUUUUUGUUGGCAUGGGAAUAAGUGAUGUCUGAAAUCAUAUUGCUUCUUGAAGCUGGACAGGAAAGGUUCAAGACAUUAACAAUCUCUUACUAUGGAGGUGCCCAAGGGAUCAUUCUUGUCAAGAUCAAGAUCAAGCUUUUGGACAAUUUUACAUUGAUACGGGAUUAUUGUGAAGUAUUAGAAGUUUUACAUUGCUUUUCAUUGGAAAUUCAUUUAGAUCUGGUAUUUCUGUUUUGUUUGUUGAUAAUAUGAUCUACAAAUUUGGAGAUUAAGCUUGCUUUGGUGGAUUUUUGAAGAGUUUUUGUUUCAUCUUUCAGAUUUGUUAUUGAGAUGAUUUCUGGGAAUUUCAGUAUAAUUUAUGCUUAAUUCAGUAGGUAUUUAAUUAAAAUAAGGAGGCAAAAAUACUAUGUAAAAAUAUAAAUAUUUUUUAGAAUAUACAACUAGAAAUAUAUCUGUGUAUUGGUAUCUCUGAUUUUCUUUUAUCUUUGUACUUUUUCAAUCUUUGGAAACUUUCUCAGUAAUUAUUGGAUGAUUGAAGUAUGGUUUUAUGGUAGAGAAAACCUUGACAUCUCCAACAGGGUUUAAUAAUUGCUUUAUUGCUGUUGAGUUUAAUUAAGCAGACUUUUUCAUUGAUAAACUUAGAUAUUAAAUUACAUAAAUUUAGAUAUCAAAAUAUCUCUGUUUUUGUUCAUGCUGCAUAUGGUUGUGGCUGUUAGGCUAGAAUGUUUUCUCAUAUUCAGGGGAAUUCAAGGGCUAAUUAAAGCACCAGCAUCAGUAAAACAGAUGGAGAAAAUGGUACUUAAAUAUUUGCUGCCACAAAUUGAAGUUGCAUCGCUCUUGAGCAUAUCUCUUGCAUUUGCCUAGGAAAAGGCAGUGAGGCAAUGGCCUCAUUUCAUACUUUGGAGCUCCUUUGUCAUGUGUUUGUCAGCUGGAAUUCUUCUGGUUUGCUUCCAGAGAUCUACCACAGAUGGUGUUGGGGUUUGCUUCAUUGCCUUUGCAAUUGGUAAUGGCUUGUAUGCUUGUUGGGUUAGUCCGAGAAUUAAGUUGUGUACCUAGGUUUUGAUCAAAGCAAUGGAAUCUACUUCCAAAUUUACAGAUUUAAACCACCCCACUUACGUGAUGCUUGGGGCUGGAUUCAUAUGGAUGUCUAUGUGGAUUUUGGUUGUGAUUGGAACCUUUAAUUUCCCCCUUUCAACCAUUGAUUAUAAUUGUAUUGUUCUUGAGCUUGGCUUGGACAGCUGAAGUCUUGA